AUGGCUUCAUUCGUAGAUGACAAGACCCCCAUCUGCGUGCCCUUCAUCCUCGAGCAGCUCAAGUCCCACUCCACAUCGCGCCCGCUCGUCAUUGGCCUCAACGGCGUCCAGGGCGCCGGCAAGACGACCCUGGUCUCGGCGCUCGCAAACGCCCUUGAGCAGGAGGGCGCUCCCACCUUGGUCUGCAGCAUCGACGACUUUUACCUGAAUCACGAUGACCUCGUCGCUCUGGGCAGGCAGAACCCCGACAAUGCUCUCGUGCAACACCGAGGGGAGCCGGGAACUCAUGAUAUGCCCCUCGCCAAGUCCGUCUUCACAGCCUUGAUGGAGGGCAAGCCCACCAAGAUCCCCGUUUACGACAAGUCGGCAUUUGCUGGCCACGGGGACCGGGCCCCUGAAUCGCAAUGGCGUUCCGUCAACCAGCCCGGCCAGCCGCUGACCAAGGCAAUCAUCCUCGAGGGCUGGUCUGUAGGUUUCCGCAGCCUGACCCCCGAUCAGGUGGAAGCAAAGUGGAAGGCCCCAAGCCGCACCCUGCAGAAGCACAAGCUUGAGCAUCUCCUUUUCAUCAACGAGAGGCUACGGCAGUACGAUGUACUGACGGACCUCUUUGACGCCUUCAUCCAUAUUGACGCCGAGGAUCUCGAGUUUGUCUAUGGCUGGCGUGCGGAGCAGGAAGAGCACCUGAGGCGUGACAAGGGCGAUCCCAAUGCUGGCAUGUCACCUGAGCAAGUGGUGAAAUUUGUGGAUGGGUAUUUCCCUGCCUAUGAGCUUUAUACUGGUUCUCUGCGUCAAGGCGUGAUUUCUGGGAAACCUGGAAAACAAUUAAGGAUGUCCGUUGGUAGGGAUAGAAAGGUAAAGGAGGUGACAACAAUCUAA